AUGUCUGUUCGAGUGCGGUUUUCGUCCGCUCGGCCUGGAGUGGCGUACGUCUCUCCUUCAGGGGAGCAGGACAACACGGAUGGUGCACUUGUGACCGAGAUUCUCUCGAAACCCAUGCCUCCUCUUCAUCAAGAGGAUAAUUUUCGCAUGGACGCUCAUACAGCGGCGAGCAUCGGCGAUGUUACAGUGAUUCAUGUCAGUAGUUUUUUUAGAAAUAUAUUUGGAAUAUUCCGUGCAGAGAAUUUGACAUUAAAUGAAAAUCAGACGCUUGCGAAAGAACGCCUUCAGGCUCUGAUUGCGAGCAAAAAACUUGAUCCGAAUGCGAAGAAUCUUUCGGAGUGGACUCCACUUCUGUAUGCCGCCUACCUUGGGCACCACAAUGUUUGCACCGCACUUAUAGAUGCUGGAGCCAAGCUCGAUGAUUGCAAUCUCAAAGGACAAACAGCGUUGAUGAUGGCAUCAGCUUGUGGGAAUCUACAGUCUUCAAUUUCUCUCAAUCUGUUGAGCAAGGUGAGUAGAUUACAGGUGGUACGCCUCUUACUGGAACGAGGAGCUAGUGUAAAUAGGGCGGACAGCCAAGAUCGGCAAGCACUGCAUUAUUCGAGCAGUUGCAGUCAGAAUGUGGUGACGGAUGCGCUCCUUCAAGCCGGGGCCGAUCCUAAUGCUCCUGAUGUUGAAGGCAUGACUCCUAUGCUAGAGGCAUGCUCGUCCGGGCACGAACUUACCAUAUGUAGUCUGCUUGAAUACGUGCGUAUGGGAGGCGAUCCCCUUCUGAGAAACUGUCGUGGUGAGGACUGUCAAGCUCUGGCGGGAGAAGAUCUGAAGAUUCAGCAGUUGCUGAUGGAUAAUAUUACACGUCGUAGUUCCUCUGGAUUCAACAAUGAAUCACCACGAACUAGAAGACCUCGAACGCUGGACGACCUUCUGGAAGGCAUGAAUCUCUCUCGGCUUUCCGAAAAGUUCAGAUCUGAAAACAUAGACUUGAACCUGUUUUUCGAUCUCACAGAAAAGGAUUUCGAAGAAAUGGGGAUAGCGUAUGGUCCGAAAAAGCGCAUGCUGACAGUCAUCGACCAGUAUAGGAAAAGUGGUCAGAUUUCGUAUGAGCCGCUUGAUGUGGAAUUAGCACAUUCUCCUACAUUCACGGCAGUAAGCGUAUACUACAAGAUAUAG